CGGUACGAGGCGGCGAGGGACGCCGUGGCGGAAGGGAGGUACGGGGACGUCGCGACGGAGCUGGGCGGGGUGCCGGCGAUCGCGCAGCUGUGCGAGGCCGGGUUCCUGGGCCCGGGCUCCUCGUCGCGGCCGCCGCAUUGGCUUGAGGAUUAUGAGGUCUUCAACACCCAGUUCGCGCACCUCGCCGUGGCCAUCACCAGCCUCAUCAAGGACAAGGAGUGAUGUGUGUAUAUGUGAGCGGUUUGGAUUGAAGAAUCAGACGAUCCAUCCAUGAAUGAAUAAACGAAAACUGAAUGGAAACUGGGCGUAUGGGAAUUCCGUUUUCUUUUUUCUUGUUUUCCUUCUGACGAUGUUGGUCACCGGCGUUAUCUGCACCGCUUACACCGAGAGCGGCCAAAGAAAGGUGGACGCACACCUGGCGCCCGUGCACCGAUGCUCGUAGCCUAAGGCAUUCCAUCCCUGGCAAGCUUAUUAGUACCAGUAACUGGCAAGCCCAGCCCUGCACGGCAGCCUCUGUCUGCGAGAGAGAGAGAGAGAUCUGAAACCUGCAGGAGGAAAGCAAAGCUCUGCCGUAUCGUAACCUCCAGCCGUAAGCCCGUGACCAUGCCCUGCGACCACAAGUGCGGCUGCAUCGUGCCGUGCCCAGGCGGCGCCGCUUGCAGGUGCGCCGGGAAGCAGAGCAGCGGCGGCGUGCCGGUGCCGGUGAACACGGCGGCCGCUUGCCACACGAUGUGCAGCUGCGGCGAGCACUGCUCCUGCAGCCCUUGCUCCUGCGGCAGGCUCGGCACCGGGGACGGCAACGGCAAGGCGGGCGGCUGCACCUGCGGCCCGACCUGCAACUGCGCGACCUGCGCCGCCUGAUACACAAGCGGUCUGAAGACUGAAGCGUGUCAUGUGUUUGCUUGAUGUACUCCUGGCAUGAAUAAAGAAGAAGAGCAACUUGUUUUCUCCAAUCUCUUCCUGCUUCCUUUUAUGCAUUUUCUCAGGGCAGAUGAAUGAUUUGGUAUCCUUCCAUCCAUCCAAACUGUUCCACACGGUCACACACAAAGCUUAAUUACAUCUCUGACUGA